UUGCAGAAUAAAAUGACCACCAGGCGGUGAGAAUUGAGUGUGUGUUGACUUUCUUCAUGAGGGCUGAAAGAUGACCAUGAACAGCCACUGGUCCUUCAACACCUUGGCUGUCAUCUUUAUUUUGCUGUCCAAUGCAGCUCUCUCAGCACACUUCAGAGUCUGUGAACCUUACUCCGACCACAAGGGGCGCUAUCACUUUGGUUUCCACUGCCCUCGACUCUCGGACAACAAGACCUACAUGUUCUGCUGUCACCAUAACAACACAGCCUUCAAGUAUUGCUGCAACGAAACUGAAUUUCAGAGCGUGAUGCAGGUCAACCUCACCACCAAUUCAGACGGCUUUGCUCACAAUAACUACACCGCCCUCAUCGGUGUGUGGAUUUACGGCUUUUUUGUCAUGGUCCUCUUGGCUUUGGACUUCCUGUACUACUCUGCUAUGAACUAUGAGUUGUGCCGGGUCUACCUGGAGAAAUGGGGGCUGGGAGGACGGUGGCUCAAACAGGCCAGGAGUCAAUGGCACAGCACGGCUCAGGAGGGCGAACACAACAUGGGAUCAGGCCUGAGUCACCACCAACAUGCACGGCACAGUUUGAGAGGAGAAGCACAGAGCCCUACACGCUUGACCUUCCAGACCUCAACAGCCUGAUAUCCAGCUUUGAUCCCAAGGAUAUACUUAGUAUGACAAAGGAGGGACAGCCAGGAAAUGGAGAUUUUAUAUUCAGAGACUCUUCUGCUGGUCCCAUCUACAUUUAGGACACGGACUGUGCUGGCUACCUCCUGCAGCUCUGCUGGAUGGCAUUCUCUCCACAUGAAGACGCUGAUGCUGAGACUGAAAGCUGCAAGUGAGUUUCUCUGCCCAAUCAAAAGAGGCUUGUUCAGCUGGAUCUACUUUUCGACAGCUGUUGAAGGACUUUAAUGAGACUGUUGUCUUUGACACACACUAUCUUGCCUUGUCAUGACAGAUGUUAGGACUUAGAUGCAGGGAAUAGGACUUUGCUAAAAGAUAGAGCAGAGGCCGCUGUGUCGAUAAAUAUCUACAGUAUAUGUUUGCACUGCUCUGAAGCUAUUGGUUGGCUUUUCUUGAAGUAGUGAAAAGAUUAUAAUUUUGAUUUGAAUUUAACCCAACAGGAUCAAGACAUUUUAAACUGCAGUUAAUAUUAAAAAAAAAAUAUUUCAUACAGUGUGUUAAGGCACGGUCACAUUUACCA